AUGGCGGCAAUCCCUCUCGGUUUGCAACAGCGUGAUGUUAUUGGCAUUGCAGAGACUGGUUCUGGCAAGACUGCUGCCUUUGUUCUUCCUAUGUUAAGUUAUAUUUCUAGGUUGCCUCCUAUUAGUGAAGAGAAUGAGGCUGAAGGGCCUUAUGCUGUGGUUUUGGCGCCUACUCGCGAGCUUGCGCAGCAGAUUGAGAAAGAGACUGUCAAGUUUGCGCAUGACUUGGGAAUCAAGGUGGUUUCUAUUGUUGGUGGGAAGUCGAUUGAGGAACAGGGUUUUAAAAUCGCACAAGGAUGUGAGGUUGUCAUUGCCACGCCGGGGCGUUUGAUUGAUUGUUUGCAGAGGCGUCUUGCUGUUUUGAAUCAGUGCAACUAUGUAGUUCUUGACGAGGCUGAUACGAUGAUAGAUAAGGGACUUGAAGACCAGGUUAAUGAAGAUGAAGAGCUAGAUGACAAGAAGAUUUACAGAACCACUUAUAUGUUCAGUGCAACUAUGCCUCCUGCUGUGGAGCGACUCGCCCGCAAUUACUUGAGGAAUCCUGUUGUAGUCACCAUUGGCAGUGCCGGAACCACCACUGAUUUGAUCACUCAGAAUGUGGUCAUGAUCAGCAAGGAGUCGGAAAAGUUUGAAAAGCUAAAGAGAUUGCUUGAUGAAGUACUUGGUGAUCAUAAGACUGCUAUUGUAUUUGCUAAUACCAAGAAAAAUGUAAAUAUUCUGGCGAAGAGUUUGAGCAAGAAUGGAUAUCAUCAUGUGAUCACUUUGCAUUCGGAUUUACAACAAUCACAGAGAGACUCUAACCUUGAAGGUUUUAAGACCAAGAGAUAUAAUGUCCUCGUUGCAACAGAUGCUGCAGGACGAGGUAUUGAUGUACCUGAUGUGGCACAUGUAAUUAAUUAUGAAAUGCCACCGAAGAUAGAAAAGUAUACCCAUCGUAUUGGACGUACUGGUCGUGCAGGAAAGACUGGUUUAGCCACAACAUUCUUGACAAUGCAAGACACUGGGGUGUUCUAUGAUCUCAAGAAGAUGCUCAUUCAGAGUAACAGUUCUGUUCCUCCUGAACUAGCGAGACAUGAAGCCUCAAAGUACAAGCCUGGCACAAUUCCUGACAGACCACCCAGGCAUAACUAGACUACUGUCACUCGUUGACAAGUUGGAGUAAGAGGCUGAGACAUUUGCUUUCUGCUGGAACAAAGUAAGUGAGUUUCUUUGAACAGGAUUGUGUACUGGAAUUGCAAUUGAUGUUUUUCUAUUUUCCGGAAUAUUGGU